CGUCGCGUAGCGGCUAUGGUGGUGGUACGGUAUCGCUUAGAUCACUGUAGCUGCACGCCGGUGCUUGUUGAUUCCGUGGUCCACGCUGGCUGACCAGCAUCGCUCAUCGUGAUUUCUCCUUCUCCACACGUCUCACGUACAUCUCUCCGCGUUUUUCGUCCUCUGCCUUGAGAGAUAAGAGGUUGUGGAUUCCACGGAGAGUGGGUGUGUUGCAAGAAGUUGCCUCCGACUUUUAGCAGGAGCAGAUCCGCAAGGGAAGAGACAAGAUGGGAUCGGAAUGUGAAUUUGCGCUUAAGCCGCAUUCGGCGAUCGAGAGAGGGAAGCCGUUCCUGCUCAUCAUCAUGGACGGCUGGGGAGAGAAUUUGGAGGAUGACUACAAUGGCGUUCACAUGGCGGGCACAGGCUUCCUGAAAUCGUUGAAGACGGGGUAUCCCGAUCGCUGGAGGACCGUCAAAGCGCACGGGACUGCUGUCGGUCUUCCCAGCGACGCCGACAUGGGGAACAGCGAAGUCGGGCACAAUGCAAUGGGUGCUGGCAAGGUCAUCAGCCAAGGGGCUGCGCUUGUGGACAACGCUCUGGCUAAUGGCAACAUCUUUACGGAUGCCGGUUUCGAGUAUAUCAAGGAGACCUUCGACAACGGGGGCACGCUCCAUCUGAUCGGGUUGCUGAGCGACGGUGGGGUUCACUCCCGCUACGAUCAGUUGGAGCUUUUCAUGAGAGGCGCACACGAGAGGGGUGCCAACAAGAUUCGUGUGCAUCCUCUCACGGACGGUCGCGACGUACCCGACGGCUCGUCUGUGCAAUUCGUCGAGCAGCUUGAGAAGGAUCUCGCGGAUUUGCGCGCCAAGGGAUGUGAUGCAAGGAUAGCCUCCGGCGGUGGCCGCAUGCAUGUAACCAUGGACAGAUACGAGGCCGAUUGGAAGAUUGUUGAGCGUGGCUGGCACGCGCACGUCCUGGGCGAAGCUCCUCACAAGUUCCAGAGCGCUUUGGAGGCCCUCGUGGAGUUGAAGAAGGCGGAUCCGAAGACCAAUGACCAGUACUACCCUCCUUGGGUGAUCGUGGACAAGGACGGCGAGGCUGUGGGUCCUGUGCAGGAUGGAGAUGCCGUUGUCAUUUUCAACUUCCGCGCCGAUCGAGUGGUGGAGUUGAGCAAAGCGUUCGAGUAUCCUGACUUCGACAAAUUCGACCGGGUCAGGUACCCUAAAGUCCACUUCGUCGGCAUGAUGCAAUACGACGGCGAUCUUAAGCUGCCGGCGAGGUACCUCGUAACCCCGCCAGUCAUUGAAAAGACGUCAGGAAUAUACCUUGUCAAGAACGGUGUCAGGACUUUCGCCUGCAGUGAGACGCAGAAGUUUGGCCACGUGACGUUUUUCUGGAACGGGAAUCGAUCUGGAAAGCUCGACGAUAAGCUCGAAACGUAUUUCGAAGUCCCAAGCGACCUGUGUCCGUUCAACGAGAAGCCGCUGAUGAAAGCCAGGGAGAUUCGGGAUGCGGCCAAAGCAGCUAUACUGUCGGGGAAGCACGAUUACAUUCGUAUCAACUUCGCCAAUGGGGAUAUGGUGGGCCACACGGGUGUCUUCGAUGCCGUACUCGACGCUUGCUCGGUUGUCGACGAGUGUGUAAAGGAUCUUGUGGACGCAAUCGACAGCGUAGGCGGCUCCUACAUGAUUACUGCCGAUCAUGGGAACGCGGACGACAUGGUUCAGAGGAACAAGAAGAAUGAACCUCUUCGUGACGAGAAGGGGAAUCCGCUGCCACUUACCUCACACACUUUGGCACCGGUGCCUGUCAUGAUCGGUGGUCCAGCUCUGCCCUCCAAUGUGCGCUUCAGGAGGGAUCUCCCCAAGGCCGGUUUGGCGAAUAUAACUGCAACCUUCAUGAAUAUGUUGGGCUUUGAGGCCCCUUCCGAUUAUGAGCCGAGUUUGCUUGAAGUUGUAAGGUUGUAGGUAGUUGGUAUUUGUUGUAUUUUUCAAGUUAUGCAGAGAUGAACGGGCUAUUUGAGUUGCUCUCCCUGUUUGCUUGGUCAAGGGCUGCUGGAAGAGCGUACAACGCGUUCAGGUUAGGUCAGGCAAUUACCAGUAGGUAGGGAAAAUGCGAUAGAUAGAGUAUCAUAGAGUGUAUUUCUUGCAUGUCCUCGACACAUGCCUUCAGAGGUAGGGAAAAUGUGGUAGAUAGAGAGUAUUUCUUGCAGGUCGUCGUUACAUGACUUUGAAUUUCUGAAGGGUUUUCUCAAUGAUGUGCCGGAUGUGUGGCAUGUCAGUGUUUAUGGGAAGCUCUAAUUCUGUGGUGGCAAAUGUGUCAGGAAGGCGGGGAUGCUUACGGUGCUUGGUUGCCGUUGUUCUUGUGCUGGCUGUUUGCCUAUGACCAGCCUUUUUGGAAGGCCGGGGCAUUCUCUGUCCCAUUAUAAGUUUCUGUGGUUUUUUUUUUUUUUUAAUCCCUUUUGCUUUCGUGAGAUACGCUGGUUUUCUGUAAGAGAUUAUCGGCCUCAAGGCCCUCCUUUCGGCUCUCCGGUGCAAGACAUGUUUGUGCUGGUGUUGUUUUAGUUCUCCCACGUGCGAUGUUACAUCG